AUGCCACCUCCCGUGCCGCGUAAAGCUUUAAAUUUAAAACAAAAGGUGGAUAUUAUUCGUUUUAAAGACUCUAACGGAGGUUGGUCUAUUCGUAAACUUACUGACAAAUUUGGCAUUGGUAAAACGCAAGUGGCCGGAGUUUUAAAGAAUAAAGAAAAUAUUUUACGUCGAUACAACGAAAAUUCCACAAACGAAAAAUCUCGCCGAUUCCAGAGGAACGGGCCAGGUGAAUUGAUUGAUAAAAUUGUUUUAGAGUGGUUUAACCGUGUGAGAAAUAAAAAUGUGCCUGUAACUGGACCAAUCAUUCAAGCAAAAGCUUUAGAAGUUGCCCGUGAAAUCGAGUGUGAAGAUUUCAAAGCUUCCAAUGGCUGCUUCUACAAAUCUAACAAUUGUUAA